AUGACGUUGGAGCAGCCCAACCAGCAAAGGAACGUCCACAAGCCCCUUCUCUUCGAGAUCGCAUGGGAGGUCGCAAACAAGGUCGGAGGAAUCUACACGGUCCUCAAGUCCAAAGCCCCUGUCACUUGCCAUGAAUAUGGUAGCCGCUAUACCAUGAUCGGUCCUCUCUCCUACAAGACCGCCCCGCUCGAGGUCGAGACCCUCGAGCCAGACACGCCCGAAUUGAGAAUGACCCUCGAAUCCAUGAAGGAGCGUGGUGUCAAGUUCUUGUAUGGUCGUUGGCUGAUCGAGGGUGCGCCCAAGGUCCUCCUCUUCGACACGGGCUCGGUCUAUCACAAGCUGGACGAGUGGAAGGGCGAUCUCUGGAAUGUUGCAGGAAUCCCCUCUCCCCCCAAUGACCACGAGACCAACGAGGCAAUUCUCUUUGGGUACCUCGUCGCCUGGUUCCUUGGUGAGGCACGGUUAAACGACUAUGAGCUCUUCUUCCACCCCAACAAAUGGAACUGGGAUGAGCAUAUGGUCCAGAUAACCAAGGAGAACUUUGUCGCCCACGAACGCAAGGCCGCUAUCAUUGCCCACUUUCACGAGUGGCUCGCCGGUGUGGCCAUCGCCCUCUGCCGCAAGCGUCACAUCGACGUCACCACGAUCUUCACCACACAUGCCACGCUUCUCGGUCGCUACCUCUGCGCCGGAUCGGUCGAUUUCUACAACAACCUCAGGAACUUUGAUGUGGACCACGAGGCAGGCAAACGCGGUAUCUACCAUCGUUACUGCAUCGAGCGCGCCGCGACCCAUUGCUGCGAUGUCUUCACAACUGUUUCCCAUAUCACAGCUUAUGAGGCAGAACAUUUGUUGAAGCGCAAGCCAGAUGGCGUUCUACCCAAUGGUUUGAACGUGGUCAAGUUCUCUGCAAUGCACGAGUUCCAGAACUUGCACGCAGUCUCGAAAGACCGCAUCCACGACUUUGUGCGCGGCCAUUUUUACGGCCACUAUGACUUUGAUCUCGACAACACGCUCUACUUUUUCACUGCUGGACGAUACGAAUAUCGCAACAAGGGCUUGGACAUGUAUAUCGAAUCGCUUCAGCGUUUGAACGAAAAACUCAAGGCAACCAACUCGCCCAUGACAGUCGUUGCCUUUAUCAUCACCCCUGCAGAGACCCACUCGUUCACUGUCGAGACAUUGAAGGGCCAGGCUGUCGUCAAGCAGCUGAAGGAGACCGUCCAUGAUAUCGCUCAGCGCAUGGAGACCCGCCUUUUCGAGAAGGCUGCUCGUGGCGGUGAUGUCAACACAACUCAGUUCCUGACGAGCGAAGAUCAAAUCCUACUCAAGCGUCGUACAUUCGCCUUGAAGCGCUCGACCCUGCCUCCGAUCGUGACGCAUAACAUGGCGGACGAUAGCAAGGACCCUGUCCUGGACCAGUUGCGCCGUCUCGGUCUGUUCAACCAUCCUUCUGACCGUGUCAAGGUCGUGUUCCAUCCCGAGUUCAUAAACUCGAAUAAUCCUCUGUUUGGCCUUGAUUAUGAAGAAUUCGUCCGCGGCUGCCAUUUGGGUGUGUUUCCCUCGUACUAUGAGCCCUGGGGCUACACUCCUGCAGAGUGUACCGUCAUGGGUGUGCCCAGCAUCACGACCAACCUGUCUGGAUUCGGAUGCUUCAUGGACGACAACAUUGUCGACUCUUCAGAAUACGGAAUCUAUAUCGUGGAUCGUCGCAUGAAGUCCGUGGAGGAGUCAAUCCAGCAGUUAGCGGAUCAGAUGCUCGUGUUCUGCCAAAAGUCACGCCGUCAGCGUAUUAACCAGCGUAACCGCACAGAGCGUCUCUCGGAUCUGUUGGACUGGAAGCGCAUGGGACUCGAGUACAUCAAGGCCCGUCAGCUAGCGCUUAGGAGAGCGUACCCCGAUUCUUUCGGCGAUGAUCACUUUGGCGCUACGGAUGAAAUCCUACAGGAGCGUCCCAAGGUGCCCAAGCCCCGCUCAGCACCUGGCACUCCUCGUAUUCGCACUCCCCAGGAGGGGGCUGAAGCAGAGCUGACACUUGCCAACAUGUCGAUCCACGAUCGAGAAAAGUACCUCCAAUACAAGAUGCAGGGCCAUGACGACGAAGAGAACGUGGACUAUCAGAUCAAGAUCCCCUUCCGCCGUCAAUCCACCAGAGAGGACCUGUUGGCCGAGGGUGAGUUUGAGGUUUCGGAAGCAGAGGUCGAGGCAGCCCAAGAGAACAUUGCGGCGGUUGGAGUCGCCGCAGCCCAGGCGCAGUACAAGGAAAGGAUGGGUGGUGUCAACGGCAGCUUCUAUCAGCCCGGCAGCAGCCGCAACGGCACCAUCAGCAAUAGCUACCAGCAGCACUAA